ACCCUGUACAGUAGAUGGCUGCAAUAGACAUUCAAGUCUGCCAAUGCACCUCUGAAGAAGGCUUCCUUCCCAUACCGGAAAUGACGGCAUCAAACUGCUGCCAUCAAAACAGGCUGAGUUGAAAGCAAGACUAUCUAAACCAUCUUUGGUCAAAAGGUACUCUAUAGUCCUGCCAUUGACUGCAUUGUCGUUGUUGCCACACGAGCAGGACAAUAUGAAUCCACUCAGUUCAGAGAAGGAAACGUUGAUUGAUGAAAUUGAACAGAGUUUAUUCACUUUAACCGAGGACAAUUUAUGUUACCUGUGUGAACGUCAUGGCAACGAUGGAUCGGAAAUUAAAGGGAUGAAUCAUCGCUUAUUACGCCGUAGAAUCAUGGAGGAAAUGUGGGACAAUACUGAUUCAAUGAAAUCGGAGGAGCAGGGAAUGUCUUGGUUAGUCCAACUGAAAGAUGACAUCAGAAGGAUGCUGGAGAUUGCUAGUGGUGCACCAAUGAGUCCCAGCCAGUCCGAUGAUGAUGAUGCUGUAGACUGUGAUGAAGAAUGCGAUGGGGACAGCGAUUGGUUGCCUAGCAAUGGACUGAAGGUGGAGCACUUGAGUUCCAGCCAAUCCGAUGAUGACGCUGCAGACUGCGAUGAAGAAUUUGACAUGGAGGACAAUUAUUGGUUGGAUAGCAAUGGGCUGGGGCCAGAGUCAGAUCCAGAGAGGCACACUCCAGAGCAGAGAAACAAGCUUUCCACGUCACACUCUGCCCUCCCGAAGUCCCCAGGUCGUGCCUCUCCCAGUAGCGUAUUACUGCUGAGUCUGAAGAGGGUGUCUGUGCGGCUGGUCGACUGCAUGAAAACAGCAGGGCAGAGUGGCCAUAUAAUUCACAAGACAACACAGACAGGAGAGAAUCCUCACAGCUCGUCUGCUGAACAACGCAAUGAAACCCUCUCAGGAGACAGUCCAAGCUCCCAUAUCUGUGAUCAUUGUGGGAAGAAUUUUACCACAGCAAGAAGUCUAAAACUACACCUACAGUACCUGAAGAAAUACAGAGAUAACUUGACUGGAGAGAAACCACACGUGUGUUCUACAUGCGGAAAGGGAUUCAGUGAGGCUGGCAGUCUUAAGAGACACCUGAGAACUCAUACUGGGGAGAAACCGUACGUCUGCCAUCAUUGUGGAAAGGCUUGGAGUGAUUCUGGAAACUUAAGGAGACACAUGAGAAAAACUCACCCAGGAGAGAAGGUCGUUGUGAUGAGCGUCCUUACAGGAGAGAAACCUUACCAUUGCUCCUCUGACGACUGUGGGAUGAGCUUCGGUACCUCACGCAAACGCAGACUACACCAGAGAAAACACACAAGAGAGAAGCUUUGCAGCACGCCUAAUGCUAAGCAACGUAAGGAACCCCUCUCAGGAGAUGGCUCCCAUAUCUGUGAUCAUUGUGGGAAGAGUUUUAUCACAGCACGAAGUCUAAAACGACACUUACAGUACCUGAAGAGAUACAGAGAGAACUUGACUGGAGAGAAACCACACGUGUGUUCUACAUGCGCAAAGGGAUUCAGUGAGGCUGGCAGUCUUAAGAGACACCUGAGAACUCAUACUGGGGAGAAACCGUAUGUUUGCCAUCAUUGUGGGAAGAACUACAAUGAUUCUGGAAACUUACAGAGACACAUCAGGACUCACACAGGUGAGAAACCUUACCACUGCUCGGAAUGUGGUAGGAAUUUUCGUGAAAAAAUAAGCCUUAUACAUCACCGGGAAAUUGUUCACACAGAACACCCUCACCGCUGUGCUCACUGUAUGAAGAGCUUCGUAAGUGCAUUUAAACUGGAAUCACACAUGCAAACCCGGCAUCCGCCAAAUGAUCCUCUGAAAAAACCACAUGUGUGCUCUGAAUGUGGAAGGGGAUUCAGUGAGGCCGGCAGUCUUAAAAGACACCUGAGAAUCCAUACUGGGGAGAAACCGUAUGUCUGUCCUCGCUGCGGUAAAGAUUUUACUCAAUCUGGACUCUUACAGCGACACAUGAGAACUCACACGGGAGAGACACCUUACCACUGCUUGGUGUGUGGGAUGAAGUUUCGUCAUACAAUCUCGCUAAAGCAGCACCACCUGAAGAACCACAAGGGGGAGACACUGGGUCCAGUCCGUAUGCACCAAGGCCCUCUUCCAUGCCCCCACUGUGGGGAGAAGUUCUCUACCAAGGCUCUUCUAAAGGGUCACCUUCAGAAGACUCACAAAAGCAGAGUCCACUGCCCACAGUGCGACAAGACCUUCUCCACUAAAGGUAGUUUACUAGUCCACCAGAGGAAACACACUGGAGAGAGGCCUUACCUUUGCCCUCAGUGUGGAAAGAGUUUCUCUCUGACAGGGAGUUUAAAACUUCAUCUCCGGAUUCAUGCUGGUGAGAAACCUUACUGCUGUACUUACUGUGACAAGAGCUUCACAAGUAAGAGCCACUGCAAUCUACACCUGCGAAUCCACACUGGAGAGAAGCCGUACCAAUGCCCUGACUGCGGGAGGAGGUUUCGUGAUGGGAAUGUCUUGAAAAACCACCGGCGGACCCACACAGGAGAGAAACCAUUCCAGUGCCGCAUGUGUGAUAAAGCCUUUGCCCAGUGGAGCAGUCUGAAGAAACAUCAGGACACACACAGGCAAACUCUGCCUGUCUCUGUCCCAAGACUCCCUAAUCCCUACCUACCACACAAUCAGCAUGUGUCUUAUCCCUACCUAUCACAGACUCAAUGGUAACCUGGUUUAUCACCUGUCCAAUCCCUUAUAAAGGGAUUCCUCACGAUACCCAGACAGAAAAAUACCAUGAUUUGGGGGAAAUUCACAAAAUAUAAUCCAUAGAAUAAAACAUUAACACCUUCCUAAUAUUGAGUUGCACCCCAUUUUGCCCUCAGAACAUCCUCAAUUCGUCGCGGAAUGGACUCUACAAGGUGUCGAAAGCAUUCCACAGGGAUGCCCAUGUUGACUCCACUUCAUAAAGUGGGCUUAACUUUAAAAUUAGAAGAGAUUCCACAUUAGAACUUUGAUAUGCUUAUAGAGUAUAUUAUGUACAACAAUAUAAAUAUUUUUUACACUACCUUUCAAAAGUUUGGGGUCACUUAGAAAUGUACAUUGAUUUUUAAAAAGAAAAGCUCAUUGUUUGUCCAUUAAAAUAACAUCAAAUUGAUCAGAAAUACAGUGUAGACAUUGUUGAUGUUGUAAAGCACUAUUGUAGCUGGAAACAGCUGAUAAAAAAAAAAUGGAAUAUCUACGUAGGCGAACAGAGGCCCAUUAUCAGCAACUAUCACUCCUGUGUUCCAAUGGCACAUUGUGUUAGCUA